AUGGGGACACAGACAGAUGUUUCUGGGAUGUUUCCGGCUGGACAGAGGUCAGAAGAUGGUGCUGCUUCAGACCCCCUGCAGGCACAGCUCAGGGUCAGUGACUUGAGGCGACGCCUUGACGAUUCAGAUACGCAGCUUCGUCAGCUCGAGACUAUCACAAGUGAGAGAGAUGAAUCCAUCAGGAGGUUGAGGGACCAGGAGCAGGCGGUCAGAGUGGAGCCUCCUGCGCGAAUGGAGGAGUCCGACGAAGUCCCUGAAGUCGAAGUAGAAAAUGGAGGAGGCUUCUGGUCUACUUUCAGAUCCGGAGCAAAGAAAGUGGUCACAGCAAGUUUGUGGGCUGUGCCUGCUGUGGUUGUUGGGUAUGGUAUAUACUCUCUCACCUGUUAA